AUGGCCAGUGUCAAGAAAAGCAAGUUGGAUCUACUUGUUCGUGUACGAUACUCAAAUCCACUUCCUGCACCGCCAUGUCCUCCAAAACUGCUCGACAUUCCAACCAAUCCUUCGCGAUAUGCUCGGCCAGACCUCCUCAAUACCCUUGCUAACAAUACCCCAUUACCCAUGAUAGUCGAUGCAGAGUGCGGAAUGCCGUUGGAUUUGAGCAAAUGGGAGUCCUUAUGGGAAGAGAACGGCGACGAUUCUGCAUUGAAUCCGGAUCCGGAAAAUCUACCAAAACUUGAUCCCAAGGAUGAAUUUCUAGCCAGCGAGAUGGCCGGACCAUCAUCCGGACCUUACACGAACAGUCACGCUACCCCGAACGGCCCUGGCAUCCCUUCAGCACCCUUGGCUCACGUUCCAUGGUUACGAAAGACAGAGUAUACCAGUCGGACAGACAAUACAUCGCGCGGAGGACCAACCGAGUCAAAAAAUGCCAAUGCAGCACCAAUCGAUGUAUCGCACAGUGCUCAAAUACGCGAUAUUGAAGCUUCAUUUGCCUCCUGUAACGAAGGAUUCUCACUAGAAACCCUUCGUCACCCGACCAGGCCAGACGUCACCGCGGCCGAAUCAUACGAGGUCCUUCCAGACGUGGAAAUCUGGUCGAACCAGUACGAUCUGUUCCGUUUCUCCGAGAGGCCAGGCGAGCGACCCAUUGAUGUGGAAGACCCACGAUUGGACUGUGCUAUUUUGCGACCCAUGAAAACCGAACACGACUCCUUCCUGGCAUACUAUCUCACCGAUGACGAUGAAUCGGCGCUUGAUUUCAAAGAAAGCCGAUCACAGCUGCAACCCUACGAAGUGGCUCCCAAUCAACCCGAAACCGUGUUCCGCUUCGUGCGAGACUACGAGACCGUCAAAGUCGAACAAGAGGUCCCCAAUGAAUUCCUAAUAGUUCUUGAGGAUGGAGACGAAGAUUUAAAACCUUCAAUUGGCACCGACACAAAACCUCGGCGUAACGCUAAACCCAAAGGUGCUUACUACAAGAACAUUGAACGUAAGAUGACUUUGAAGAAGAAGCGUCAGAAUGUUGGUCUACAAAUUAGUCACCGAUUGCUCAAUCCCACUGAUCUUUUCGUUUCCCCUCAGGCAUUUGAGCAGUACGAGGACAAAUGGGACCUUAUAAGGAUGUCCCACACUGAUAUGAGUAAAGAGGAAGAGGACGAACGCCAGGAAGCUUUAGCAGAAGUGGUGGAUCCAAUGUUCUUAAUGAGAGGCGACGCAGAUGCCGAUGGAGAAGGCGAAGUUGAUCAUGAGGCGGUCACCCUUCCCCAUGCACCACCUGACUUCCAGCUUCCAAUGGAAACAUGA